AUGAUUGCCGGAAACUGCCGAAUGUGCCUGGUUGAGGUUGAAAAGGCCCCCAAGCCCGUGGCCUCAUGUGCAUGGCCAGUGCAGCCCGGUAUGGUCGUCAAGACCAACUCGCCCAUUACUCACAAGGCCCGGGAGGGUGUUAUGGAAUUCCUGCUGGCCAACCACCCGCUCGACUGCCCCAUUUGCGACCAGGGGGGCGAGUGUGAUCUCCAGGACCAGUCCAUGCGAUACGGAGCCGACCGCGGCCGAUUCCACGAGAUUGGAGGCAAGCGUGCCGUCGAGGACAAGAAUAUUGGACCGCUGAUCAAGACGUCGAUGAACCGAUGCAUCCACUGCACUCGAUGUGUUCGAUUUGCCAACGAUAUCGCUGGUGCUCCUGAGCUCGGCUCUACCGGCCGCGGCAACGAUCUGCAGAUUGGUACCUACCUUGAGAAGAGCCUGGAUUCUGAGCUUUCGGGAAACGUCAUCGACCUAUGCCCUGUCGGCGCCCUGACCUCUAAACCCUACGCCUUCCGUGCCCGACCCUGGGAGCUGAAGCACACCGAGUCCAUUGAUGUUCUCGACGGCCUCGGCUCCAACAUCCGUGUCGACUCUCGAGGCUUGGAGGUUAUGCGUGUUAUCCCACGCCUCAACGAUGAUGUGAAUGAGGAAUGGAUCAAUGAUAAGACCCGAUUUGCAUGUGAUGGUCUCAAGACCCAGCGACUGACCAUGCCCUUGAUCCGUCGCGAGGGCAAGUUUGAGCCCGCUGACUGGGAGGAGGCCCUUACUGAAGUGGCCAGGGCCUGGGCGGCCAAGAAGCCCCAGGGCAACGAGUUUAAGAUUAUCUCUGGUGCUUUGACCGAGGUCGAAUCCUUGGUCGUCGCCAAGGACAUGGCCAAUAAGCUUGGAUCCGAUAACCUCGCUCUCGACACUCCCACCGGUAGCCAACCUAUCGCCCAUGGCGUCGAUGUUCGAUCCAACUAUCUGUUCAACUCACGUAUCUGGGGCAUUGAGGAGGCCGACUGCAUUCUCAUCGUUGGCAGCAACCCCCGCCACGAGGCCGCCGUCUUGAAUGCCCGCAUUCGCAAGCAGUGGCUGCGAUCCGACCUCGAGAUUGGUGUUGUUGGUGAGACGUGGGAUUCUACCUUUGAGUUUGAGCACCUUGGAACCGACCAUGCCUCCCUGAAAAAGGCUCUCGCCGGCCCCUUCGGCAAGAAGCUACAGGCUGCCAAGAGGCCCAUGAUUAUCGUUGGCUCUGGUGUUACCGACCAUGCUGAUGCCAAGGCCUUCUACGAGACUGUUGGUGCCUUUGUUGAGAAGAACGCUGCAAACUUUACCACUCCUGAAUGGGAUGGCUACAACGUCCUGCAGAGAGAAGCUUCAAGAGCCGGUGCUUUCGAAGUGGGCUUCACGACGCCUUCGGCCGAGGUUGCCCAGACCAAACCCAAGUUCGUUUGGUUGCUGGGUGCUGAUGAGUUCAACGAGGCCGACAUACCCCGGGAUGCCUUUGUAGUCUACCAGGGCCACCACGGCGACCGUGGCGCCCAGAUUGCCGACAUCAUCCUGCCCGGUGCUGCUUACACCGAAAAGGCCGGUACUUAUAUCAACACCGAGGGCCGCGUCCAGACCACCCGUGCUGCCACCUCUCUCCCGGGUGCUUCCCGCACUGACUGGAAGAUCCUCCGUGCUGCCAGUGAAUUCCUUGGUGUGUCUUUACCUUAUGACGACCUCGCCGCUGUUCGGGACCGUAUGAUUGAGAUUUCUCCGGCCCUGGCCGCGUACGACUUUGUUGAGCCCGUUGCUCUCCGACAGCUUAGCAAGGUUCAGUUGGUGGAUCAGAACAAGGGGUCAAAGGCUACUGGAGAGCCUUUGAAGAAGGUUAUUGACAAUUUUUAUUUCACAGACGUCAUCUCUAGAAGUUCACCAACCAUGGCACGCUGCUCCGCGUCCAAGGCUACGGGUGAUCCCAGAACGAACUUUAUGGCGCCUGGAAUGGAGGAAGAUAAGCCCAUGGGCCAGGUUGCUUAUGGAGUGUAA